ACUUCUUAGCUUCGAACAUCCAUGACUUCCCAGUGGCCCCAACUUUGACUCUGUCUCGAGCUAUCAUCUGGAGUUCAUAGAAAUGCAAAAAUUUGCUGCAGCAAGUGGCAAGAAAAAAUGUGUUGUAGCCUGCGAUGUCUGCAGACGCAGGAAGAGUACGUAACGGGAAUCGGAUAUCUGGUAGGCGAUGCUCAAUGUGUAUCGCAUGCAAGUUAGACUGUACAUACAUUGAGUCCAUCAAGGUCGCGCCAUCGCAGCGCUACGUCAGGAGCUUGGAGCACAAGAUAGAAAAGAUGGAAGACCUUCUUCGCAAGAUCCUUCCUCCAAAAGCAGAUUUAACGGAUGAGCUUGAGGCCAUUCAGGCACUUCCAGAGGACGCCCCGAGCUUAUUAUCUACCUGGGUACACUCGCUGAACCUUGAAGAACCCGAAAUAGAAGAUCGUGAUCACGCAAUGGAAAGAAACGUCGAAGAAUUCAAAGACUACAUCCUUGCUUAUCGGUAUCACGGAAAGUCAAGUUCUCUUCAAUUCGUCCAAGAAGCUUUGGAUACCAAAGCGGGGCAACCAGGAACGCUGUACAAUACAGCCACGAAUUUCACUUCUCUGCGAGCCGAGUUUUGGGAAAUCCGCCCAUGGAACAAUCCCCAUCGCUAUGUUCCGCAAGGGACGCACUUCAGAUUUCCACCCGAAGAUCUUAUUCCGACGCUCAUCGACUCGUACUUUACGUACUUUAAUACGUUUCUUCCCAUUCUCCACCGGCCGACGUUUGAUAAAUCCUUGAGGGAGGAGCUACACUACAGAAAUCACCGGUUCGGGGGAGUUGUUUUGACCGUCUGUGCGCUCGGUUCCAAAUACGUAGAUGAUCCUCGAGUCCUCAUGGAAAAUGAACAGUCAAAGUGGUCGAAUGGGUGGAAGUGGGUAGCUCAGGUCACAAGUCGGCGUCGUGCGUUUCCUUCCUUGGAUCCUCCAAACUUGUAUGACGCCCAACUCUGCUGUCUUCUCUCUGAAUUUUACCUGAGUUCCUCAGUACCGCAGCAAUCCUGGACCAUAGUCGGCGUUGGUCUGCGGAUUGCGCAAGAAGCAGGAGCUCACCGAAAGAAGACAACACGUAACAGUCCUGUGAAAAAUACAGUGGAGGCUGAACUGUGGAAACGCGUAUUUUGGUGUCUUGUAGGUAUAGAUAGGGCCCUUAGCUCGGCAUUGGGUCGAGCGUGUGCUAUAUAUGAUGAAGACAUUGACAUUGAUCUACCCACCGAGUGUGACGAUGAGUAUUGGGAACAUCCUGACCCCCAACAGGCCUUUAAGCAGCCUCCCGGGAAACCGUCAAAAGUGUCAUACUUCAAUUGUGCCCUGCGGCUGACACGGCUGAUUAUGAUAUGCAUGCGGACCAUCUACUCAAUCCAUAAACCAAAAGGCCUUUUUGUCCUCAAGAAAGACUGGGAACAGCAAAUAGUUGUCGAGCUUGAUUCUGCAUUGGACAAAUGGGUAGACUCUAUUCCAGAGCAUUUACGAUGGAAUCCCGAUCGUGCUGACUCGUUGCAUUUCCAUCAGUCCGCAACCCUUCUACUGUUAUACCACCAUCUUCGAAUGCUCAUCCAUCGUCCCUUUAUCAAGUCUCCAAGCAGCGACUUUGAUUCCCCUUCCCUAUCUAUAUGCACAAAUGCCGCACAUUCGUGUUCUCACAUCGCAGAACUACAAAUCCAGAGGAAGAACAAUUACUUGCCUUCUGUAACCAGUGAGCUGUCCUUCAAUGCGGCAAUUGUUCUCCUGAUAAAUAUCUGGGGCCGACGGCGGGCAGGGUUGGGCAUUGACGUCGAUAAAGAGAUGGAGGGCGUGCAUAAGUGCAUGCGAGUACUUGCAGAUCUAGAGAUACGGUAUCAAUAUGCUGGUGUAUUAUGGGACAUUUUAUACGAGCUAGCGUCCGCUGGUGAUCUUCUGCUUCCUGGAGCCGAAUCUUCCAAACUUGCAGAGUAUGCCGACCAGAAGCCGUACGCCCAUCCUCAACGGUCACUACACACCCUACCGAUAAACAAUACCAACCUUGAACGAAUGCCUCUCCACGGACAGGUUGAUUCAUCAGAUCAUAUCUCUGAUUGGUACAACGCUAAUCCGUACAACUUGGCUGCGGCUCCCGCUACUGCCAGCCAAGUUGAUAAUGUCAUGAGGGCGAUAUGGGAUAAGGCACCCAGCGGAUUAGAUCCAGAUUACUGGAGGGAUUAUGCGGAGUUUUCUGACAGUCAUGUUACGGGAAGGGGGUUUUAGAGGUAGUUUAAUCAUGGAUAUUUUUGUGGCGUGAGCAGGGUUGCUGCGAAGCGCGACCUAUUGGUCUUGGAUAAUU